CUUGUAAUGAUGUAAAUGUCGGCGAUCUUUGAUUACAUUUUCAAAUUAUCAGCUUAUUGCAUUCUUCCUCUUUCUCUUCUCUUUUUUUUUCAGGCCUUUGUUCACGAUCCACUUAUAAAUUGGCGUCUUUUCAACUUCAAUGAAGUUCCGCAAAUGUCCGCACUUGCCAGUGCACAUGUCCCUCCUGUUGUGAACAGUGAGGAAUCUUCUUCAAAUAGAGAGCUUCUUCAGCCACAAAGGGGUGCAAGGGAGAGAGAACUGCUUCAGGCGGUCAAUCAAUUAGGUGAUGCCAAUGAGGUUCUAAAUGAACGUGCUGUGGCUGUUAUGGCUCGAAUGAGUAAUAAACUCACUGGACGUGAUUUUACUGCUACUUCCACAUCUGCGAGCUCUCUACCACAUGCACUGGACCACAGUACGUUAAUUUCUGGAGAGACGCGUGAAGCUGAUCAUGGUUUAUCAGUGAAACUACAAGUCCAAAAACUUAUUCAACAAGCGUCGUCUCAUGAAAAUCUUUGCCAAAAUUAUGUUGGGUGGUGUCCAUUUUGGUAGGUUAAGGAUGAUAAUUAUAUGUAGAUAUUUGUACAUAGUGUAUCCUUUGGGAACUUCUUGAAAGUCCAUCAUGCACAGAAUCUAGAGGUAUAUGUAAAUUCCUAAGUUAUUGGUAGCAAUUUGUUGUAUUAAGCAAGUCAGCUUAUCGGCUGUAUGUAAUCUAGCUCCAAGGAAAGUUCAAUAAGUCUUUUAAGAGUGUCCUAGAAUAGUGCAUAAAUAGUUGUACAGCAAUUUAGUUAGUGGACUGUAUCUUUGUGAAGAGAAUUAAGUUGGUUGUCUGCAUUUAAAGCCUUUUGUAUUCUGUAUCUCCAGUAUAUCUGGUAAUCCUGUUUGAUGAUGAAAGGAGUAGUUUCUCUCCGGUCCUCUAAUUUGAUGGAUCACUUUCUCUUGCG